AUGUAUUCGGUUGAGUGGCAAAAGCGAGGAUUACCUCAUGCACACAUUUUGGUUUGGUUCAUUGACAAAAUCCGUCCUGAAGAAAUCGAUAGUAUCAUUUCUGCGGAAAUUCCAGAUCCAUCCACUGAACAACUGCUGUUUGAUAUUGUUACAACAAACAUGAUUCAUGGUCCAUGUGGUACUCUUAAUAGUUCAUCGCCUUGCAUGGCUGAUGGAAAAUGUACUAAAAAUUUCCCUAAAGAUUUUACCAAUGAUACGGUCACAAAUGUCGACGGAUACCCAAUAUACCGUCAAAGAAAUCCUGAAAAUGGCGGACAAUCAUUUAUUAAAAAUAUCAUCAACACAGACAUUGAUAUUGACAAUCGUUGGGUGGUGCCAUAUUCGCCUCUGCUGAGCAAGACAUAUAAUGCUCAUAUUAAUGUUGAGUUCUGCAUUUCUGUGAAGAGCAUCAAAUACAUUUGCAAGUAUGUCCAUAAAGGCAGUGAUAUGGCUGUGUUUAGAGUGGAAAAUACUAAUGUGAAUGCUCCUCCAGUGAAUAAAAAUGAUGAAAUAACGCUCUACCAAAUUGGUCGGUACAUCAGCUCCAAUGAAGCUGCUUGGCGUAUCUUUGGUUUUCCAAUUCAUGAACGGGAUCCAGCAGUUCUUCAGUUAGCCAUCCAUCUUGAAAACGGUCAGCGUGUAUUUUUCACGAACGAGACAGCGAUUGAUCGUGCAAUAAAUCCACCUAAAACUACACUCACUGCAUUUUUUGAAUUGUGUAAUCGUGCGGAUGAUUUUGGUGCCUUUGCACGAACAUUAUUCUAUUCACAAGUACCACGCUAUUUCACAUCGACUCAAACAAAAACAUGGAUGCCCCGCAAGCAAGGCUCACCAGUUGCUGCAUGUCUCAAUUUAUUUAAAUCAAACGCCUUGGGGCGAUUAUUUACAGUCAAUCCAAGACACACGGAGUGCUUUUAUCUUCGACUGUUGUUGGUUAAUGUUACUGGCCCAUUAUCAUUUCAAGAUAUACGUAAAGUGAAUGGGCAACAAUAUCCAACGUAUAAAGAUGCAUGCCUUGCACUUGGCUUGCUGGAAGACGACUACCAGUAG